AUGGUUUCUGAUGAUGAUAGUUCUACGUUAAAAGUAGUGAAAGAAUCGAAGCCUUAUGAGACGUAUAAUAUUGAAGUAGAGAGAAUCAAGUGUUCUUUUCAUAUAUUUCGUUCCGUAGGAACAAAAAUUAGAGAAGCCGCCAAAGCUCGAGUUCCGAAUCGACGAGUUCCUGCUGCUGUACGCAAUAGAAUAAAAUACAGUGGAUUAAAAAUUCGUCGGACAAUUACAGCGGAUAUUGAGCGUUUAAGAAAAGAUUUUGAAUCUGAAAGUCUUUCAAAAGCAGAAAAAGAGAAAAUUUUUGAAGAAAAUACAGAAGUAUUGCGAAAAAAUAUACUACUUGCUCCUUUACAUGUUUUUGGCGACCAUGCUCAGUGUCCUACUGAAUGGUCGUGUGAUAAAUCUAAAUCAAAUCAUUUACCCAAAAUAAAAGAAUAUGGUUUAUAUUCGCGUAUUGAAAAAAUCAUCACUGAUCUGAGUCAAAAUGCCAUACAUUUAUUACAUUUUCUAAAUACUAAUAAAAUUGAGCAAUAUCAUGGAGUGUUAGCAAAAUACUUCUCUGGUAAAAGAAUUCAAUACGGUGGUGCCGAUGAAUUUCAUGACAAAGUUUACAUGGGCACUCUUGACCAAAUUACUUCCGGUGCUCACUUGUCAACAUUCUAUAAAUUUGUCAAAAAAAGUGUUCCUGAAAGAAUUGUAAAAUUGGAAAAAGAACGAAAUUAUCAAAGGCGUACGUAUCAUGGUCCUGAUAAAGAUUAUGGUUCCAAUGCAGCUCAGCCUGAUCUUUGUGAAACAGACCCUGUUAACUAUCAGCAAUACAAAGAAGAUCAUCAUGACAAGCUCCGUGAACGUCAAAGAAAUCGAAAUAGUCUUGAAGUUGAAACGAGAAAUCAUCCAUUUGGAGUACAACACGGUUAUGAAAAAGACAUUGUUGUUAAAAGAGAAAAAUUUCACGACUGA